GUUGUGCCUUCUUUGUGUGUCGUAUGUCGGCUUGGAAAACAUACCCAGUUUGUCUGGUUCACAGCCACCACAAUAGGAAAGGCUCGGAUUGGCCAAAGGGGUCGGCCGGCUUUGUCCGCGGGAUGGAUCCAAUUUACCGCUAAGCAUGAAUUGCGGGGUGUGAUAUUAUCUCUCCUCUCCCCUCCAUGUCCAUCCCCUCCCCGUAGCUCUCUUCCAACUAUGCCUCCUGUUACAACCAAAGAGUCCAAGGAAGACGAGCAACAACAAGAACAGAAACCAUCCUCUUCUGUACCCAAGGAUAGGCGGUUCAAGCUAAGCAGAGCAUGCGAUCGCUGUCGCCGCCGUCGUAUCAAGUGCGAUGAAGGCCACCCAUGUCAGUCGUGCUUGACAUCCAACUCGGCAUGCACCUUCGAGGAACCGGGCAAGAGGACACACCCUCAUAAGUCGAAACGUGCUGCUACACUUGAAGACCGUAUGCAUCAUCUCGAAACCUUGAUCCAAGCCAUCCCUCCCGCCGUAUUUGCUGCAGGCGUCAACUUCAAAGGGGCUGGUGGAGGCCCGCAGUCCCCCGCUGAUCCCUCGACUAGUGCUCAUGCCUCAUUUGCAUCGUCUACACAUACCUAUCCCCCCGGCGUCCCGCCUCCAUCAUUAUCGAAUUACCCUCUAAUGAACCCAUCUACUUUCUUUGCUCCCACAAAGCCUUCGUCUCGACAUUCUAGUCCGCAUGGAGGCUAUUCGAUGCAUAUCCCGGCCAACCCGACGAUGUCCCCUGAUCAACUUGCAGACGAGGCGUCACGAAUGUCUUUGGCUGCAUCUUAUCUCUACUUUGAUGACGAGGGCUACACUCGGUGGCAAGGCGAAACAUCCGGAUUACCGUUACUCGAUUUGCUGGUUGAACGUCAUAAGGUGGUCACGAAACAAGAUCCGGAUGGUCCUCUUCAGCAACAAAAUAUCUUAGCUAUGGACCAUCCAUCAGUGAACGAUUGGUUUCCAGACAGAACUGCUCGGAGGACGGGUAACAAUCCGGAAGUCAUCUGGAAGCUUGUGACGUCUUUCAUCGCCCCCGAUCUUAUGGACAGCCUGGUCCAAUGUUAUCUAUCCACAUCCUAUUAUCUCAUGCCCUUCCUCCACGUUCCUAGUUUCCUUGCUGACUACGGGAACCCACAAAAAUGGGGCGAACCUGGCUUUGCAGCUUUCAUCGUCUCCAUAUGCUGUCUUGCUUCAAGACAUAUCGAUGACCCUCGCGUUCGUGCUGAUCCUGCCGAUGGCAACAGUGCGGGCACCGUAUGGUUUGACCUCUUUGGCCGCCUUCGUUCUCUACCCACCGCAGAUCGACCAACGGUAUAUACCGUGCAAUCUGUGUUGAUUGCGGGCGUGUACGCUAUUGGCCUUGGGAAACUUUCGAAAGCGUUCGCCCUCAUAUCCGAAGCUAUCACACUCUCCAUUGACGGUGGACUUCAUCGUUCCUCUGAUGCUUACGACGUUUUUGAUUCUAUUGAGGAUGAGGUUCGCAAACGGACUUUCUGGUGCGUCUACCUCUGGGACAAGCAGGCAUGCGUGCACUUCGGCCGACCUCCUAUGAUCCGGCUGAGAGAUUGCGAUGUUGGCGAGCCUGCUAUCGUCGAUGACGAGUAUAUAACUCGCGACGGUAUCUCUUUGCAACCUCCUGAGCAAGAGAGUCGUAUGAGCGCCUUCGUCGAUUGCGUUCGACUCUUCGUCGUGAUGGAAGCCAUUCUCGACGUCCCUCCAUCUCGGCACUUCGGCGAUGGAUCUCCUUUCUUGACUCGUGCUACAUCUAUUCUGACUGGCUUCCGACGACAUAAGGAGCUACGAGAAGAGGAAGCGUUGUUGGAUGAAAUCUCUCGUUCCAUUCCGCCACAUUGGGCUCACUCGGUGGAGACUAUGGCGAGUGACGAUGUGAUUCGAGUUACACAAGCAGAACGGUUGUACUGCUUGGAACAGUUUAUUCGCAUGCUCAUACAUCGGCAUCGGUUCUCUGAGAUCGUUGCAGAAAAGGUUUUCACCCAGGCGAACUACGAGGACCAGGGCGAUGCAGAGUGUGAAGCCAUGCGUGUGGCCCAUGCAUGUGCAUUGCAGAUCGUUUCUUCGCAUCUGCAGAUCGCUGCGAAGGGUUUGAUGACAUAUUACGGCGUACAUGUCAUUCAUCAACUAACAGCUGCAGGUCGCACACUAGUUGCUGUUCUGUUGAAUUGUCAUUCAGAACAGUUACGCCCACUCAUAUCUCCGGCGCUGGAUGCCCUGCGAUCCUGCGUUGGUUUGCUACGCCGAUUCAGUGGACGAUACGUGUGCGGUCUACGCUCAGGCGAUCUCAUGGAGGAAUUCUGUCGAAGUACGCCAAUAAACCACUCUAAACCUGUAUACUCUAAUCUGUUUUUUUUCUCUUGUUAGUAACACAAAUACCGCUCGAAGGGACAAGACAAGACACUCCUUCCAGCAGGAGCCGGCCUCCUUGGAUCCGUCCUGUGCGGAAAAAGACACCUUCCGUGGCGCACUCUGGUGCCUCCAAUGAUUCGCCAUCACACCAGAGUAGCCCGGAAGCAUUCUCACCAUCCGACACUUUCCUUGACCUCUCCGGAGGUGCGAAUUUGGCGACAUCUCCACAGUCUAUACCAACGUUUGGCUCGCCACCAAACGGCGUUACGUCGGUCUCCAUGAUGAGCAACCCGUCAGCGACCUCUCAGAAUUUCGUUAUGGGAAGCGCCUCGGGGGACCCCUCUACAUCGUUCAUGAACGAUGGGAACGUGGAUAUGCUGGGCACUGGGACUCCUGGAGGGCCAGCCUCCUUAUCGCAAUCGGAUUUACUAGCAAUGUUUGGGGAGGGAGGAGUGGAUGUCGCCGCGUUGUUGAUGUCUCCAGAACUAGCAAGUCCUCGAACGACGGACAAUGACUUCUAUAAUGCGAUCGGAGGGCCGGGAUUGGAUAAUGGACAUGCGAUGAGCCUAGUGUCGCCGUCGUAGGGUUAUCUUUUUGCAUUUUCGGUAUUUUCUUUUUAUUCCUGAUAUCUGUACGUUCUUGAUUUUUUCUUAUCAAGUACUACGCCCGAUUCUGGAUUCGUGUAUCAUCGCCGCAUAUCAUGUAUUCUUGCUACGUCUAUCUGGCCAGGUUUUUUUUUGUUGAAGCAAUUCGAGCAAAUCUUGCGACUCCACAUCGUCUACUGUACUCAUAGGAAAAUUUGCCUAAACGCUGUCGGUGAGGUCAUUCUCAAUCAACGUGUUGUGUUACU